AUUAUUAUGUUAAAAAAAUUAUAAUUAUAAUAUUGUCACGCAAGCAGAAGGUACGAACUUCUAUUGCGCAAGUGAACUUUAGAUAUUUAGGGCUACUUAUAAGGUAUAAUUUGGAGCCACGGCAUUUGAAGGUGGGAAGGAACUCCGAUGAAGCUAUUUGAGGAACAGGAACACUAGUUUAUGUGCACGCGCUAUCGGCAAGCGGCUCACAUGCUCAUCCAGUUACGAAACUACACGCUUCUUCCCUUAGCUUUGUCACAAGCCAAAUCCACCGAUAGAAUGCAUACCAGAGCGACAUCUAUAAAAGCGGAAAUGGCAUCUUCAGAGCAGAACCCGAAGUCCGAAUCAGAUAUCCGUGUUUUCGUUAGGAGAAAGAGAUCGAGGAAGCCACAAAUCAUUACCGAAAAUAUCGUAAAAGUAGAGCCUCAAGACCAGAAGUUAGGUAGCCUACCUGACAUUGAAGAAUUUGCAUAUAAAAAGCCUGAAAUCAACUUACCUCAGAGAAAAUCUAAACCCAUCAUGAAUAAUAACGAUAAAACCGAGGUCAAAGUCAAACCACCAUCAAGUUGGGUCAAAGUUCUAGAAGGAAUUCGUGAAAUGAGAUCGUUAGAAGAUGCUCCGGUAGACUCUAUGGGAUGUGAGAAAGCCGGUAAUUCUCUUCCUCCUAAAGAACGGAGGUUUGCUGUUUUAAUAUCUUCGCUUUUGUCGAGCCAGACCAAAGAUAAUGUUACGCAUGGAGCCAUACAACGUCUCCUUGACAACAAUCUUCUCAAACCGGAAAUGAUCGACAACGCUGAUGAAUCAACCAUAAAAGACUUGAUUUACCCGGUUGGAUUUUACACAAGAAAAGCCGCCAACAUGAAGAAAAUUGCAAAGAUAUCGCUGUUAAACUACGAUGGAGAUAUUCCUAGCACUCUCGAGGCAUUGCUGUCACUUCCAGGUAUUGGUCCCAAGAUGGCUCAUUUGGUGAUGAAUGUAGCAUGGAAUAAUGUUCAAGGGAUAUGUGUAGAUACUCAUGUGCACCGUAUUUGUAACCGUCUUGGUUGGGUCCCACAGACGAAAACACCAGAGGAAACAAGAGAGGCGUUGCAAAUGUGGCUUCCUAACGAAGAAUGGGUCCCGAUUAAUCCACUUUUGGUGGGUUUUGGACAAACUAUAUGUACCCCUCUUCGACCUUCUUGCAGUUUAUGUAGCGUUAAUGGGCUUUGCCCAUCUGCAUUUCGCGAGGCUACACCCAAGAAAGUAUCACGCGUGAAAACAAAACCUAGCGAGUCAUGAUCUUUGUUAUAGCAUGUAAGUUUUUGUGAGGCGUUUUUUUCUAAACCGUUAUAUGUGUAGUGUUCUUGCUAGUUUAAGUAUAACUUGCCCAGUGGCUUAUGAACCAGCUGGCCUGAGUUUUUUUUGUCUCGGUGAAAAUAGGUUCUUGACUCGUUGCUAAACUCAACUAUGUGCUAGUGUAUUCAGUUUUUUAGGAAAAAAGUAUUAAA